AUGACAGACUACAUAUUGGGCGAUAUAAAAUCAACGGAUAUGCCGGACGAUGGAUUGUCAGCCGCGCAGCUAUUUACUGCGGGUGACGGCCUUACCUACGAUGAUUUUAUUGUAUUGCCGGGAUACAUCAACUUCACUGCGGACGAAGUCGAUCUGGUAUCACCAUUGACGAAAAAAAUUGUGCUAAAGGCGCCUCUCGUAUCCUCGCCCAUGGAUACUGUAACAGAAUCAGAUAUGGCUAUAGCUAUGGCCCUGUCCGGUGGAAUCGGCAUUAUACAUCACAAUUGUACUCCCGAAUAUCAAGCCAACGAGGUGCACAAGGUAAAAAAGUAUGAACACGGUUUCAUCAGGGAUCCAGUUGUGUUAGCACCACAUCACACGGUCAAUGAUGUUUUAAAUGUAAAGUCUGGACAUGGUUUUAGUGGAGUACCCGUUACAGAUACGGGUAAGGUCGGCGGUAAACUUUUAGGCAUUGUCACCUCUAGAGACAUUGACUUCCUCGAGUGUUUGCCCGAUUAUCAACGCAAGACACUCAGUUCCAUAAUGACGACUUUGGAAGAUCUUAUAACCGCGCCAGCCGGCGUAACAUUGCAGGAGGCAAAUGUAAUAUUAGAAAAGUCAAAAAAGGGAAAGCUCCCCAUUGUCAAUGAUCGGGGCGAGCUUGUGUCUCUGAUGGCGAGAACUGACUUAAAGAAGAACCGUAGCUACCCGAACGCUAGCAAGGACGAAAACAAGCAGUUAUUGGUGGGGGCGGCGAUAGGAACACGAGAGACCGAUAAACAUCGAUUGGAAUUGCUCGUAGCAGCUAGUGUAGACGUGGUGGUAUUAGAUUCGUCGCAAGGCAAUUCGAUAUACCAAAUUAAUAUGAUCAAGUAUAUCAAGUCACAGUAUCCAAAUUUACAAGUGAUCGCUGGUAACGUCGUCACUACUGCGCAAGCCAAGAAUCUUAUAGAGGCAGGAUGCGAUGCGUUACGCGUUGGAAUGGGCUCUGGAUCUAUUUGCAUAACGCAAGAAGUAAUGGCUGUGGGACGGCCGCAGGCAACAGCCGUUUAUAAAGUGUCCGAAUACGCCAGAAAAUUUGGAAUACCCGUCAUUGCGGACGGUGGUAUUCAAUCUAUCGGCCAUAUUAUCAAAGGUCUUAGUUUAGGCGCUAGUACAGUUAUGAUGGGUUCCCUUUUAGCUGGAACAUCCGAGGCUCCGGGCGAGUAUUUCUUCAGAGACGGAGUUCGACUUAAAAAGUACAGGGGAAUGGGUUCUUUGGAAGCCAUGAACAGGAAAGACGCCAAGGGUUCAGCGAUGGAUAGAUAUUUUCAUAAUGAAAUGGACAAACUAAAAGUAGCUCAAGGUGUUAGCGGCUCUAUAAUGGAUAAAGGUUCAGUGCAUAAAUUUUUGCCUUAUUUAACUUGCGGGAUUAAGCAUGGUUGUCAAGAUAUCGGGGCAAAGUCGCUUACCAUUCUGCGAUCUAUGAUGUACAGCGGAGAAUUGAAGUUCGAAAGAAGAACGCAUUCGGCUCAACAGGAAGGCAACGUGCACAGCUUGUUCUCUUACGAAAAAAGACUUUAUUAAGUGAUUAAUGUUAACUCGUAAGGCACGCGUCACGCGGAGAGGUACCUGCAUUUAAUCGAAUAGCAACUAUUUUGCAAGGCUAGAUACUUACAAGAGAAAUCGUUAAUCUCUUUUACCCGUUGCAAAUGUGUGAUAAGACGUAUCGUUAACUUGGACUUGAGAAUUCGACUCGUUUACCUCAAAACUGCUUUUGACGAGCGGAGAAAUCACAUCAAAUCAUUUUUAUUACAUUGCUAUCGUUAAUGAAUAUGUGCCAUAGCAUGCAGGACAUAUGGCAUGUUUUUAAUUUAAUGUGCAUUUUAUGUUCACAACGCAAGUGAUAUUAAAUUCUAGACGGACCAUGAGAUUUUAUAUUGUGUGAUGCAUUUAUACGGAUUAACCUAUACAUUAUAUUUAAAGAAAUAUUUUCGCUUUUAAAUUUUAAGAAAUCAAUUUUUUCAGCAUCUUUUAAUAGACUGAAGUUUAAGAGAAAGAGAGAGCAGAUUAAAAAGUGAAAGGGGUUACUGUUGUAAUUAUGCUUUAUGAAUAAGUUGCCUCACUUUGUCACCAAUAUGGCAGCAUUGUGUUACAAUUAUCAUGUAACAUAACGGCGACACGAUUUUGAUUUGCCCGCAAAAUGCUACUCGGUUGCCAUAUCGUGAUAGCAUUAUUUGCUAAAAAAUAUAAAUUCAGUUGCUGCAACUCCUAACAAUAGAUAUGAUGCAAGCAAUGUGCCAGCAAGAAUGGCGACAUAUUAUUACCUGGAUUGUAUAAACAUAAUGUAGACUUAUUCUACUCGUAAACAUUCAACUCAGGUUGACAUUGUAUUUACAUUGUAUGUAUAUUUGUAGAUUAUUUAAAAGAUCUAUUGAAAUAUUAGAUAUUUUUAAAAAUAUUUUAUCGAUUUUAUAAAAUGGAACGCCUUAUUUUUAUUCCAGAAUCUAAUAGCUGGUUUCAAAAGCAUUACACUUUAACUUUUGAAGCUUUAUAACUCGGAAAGUACUUAAUAAAGAAUAACUUGUGUGUUGAAAAGCUCUUGAUACCACCUAUUUUAUAUAUGUACGCAUAUACAUACAUAUAAUAAAUAGAUUUACAUUAAAAA